AUGGCCACCUUCGACUUCGGGAAAUUACUCGACAGGAUAUGGGAUGCAGCUUCGAUCUACCUCGCCAGGCCUCGAUCUCGCGUCGUAGACUUGCACAGAGACGCAGAGCUAUUGAAGGCCAAAUUGGUCGACUUCAACGGGGCCAUCGAUGAGGCUGUGCGCAACGGGAAAACCGUCACUAAAGAAACUCAACUGUGGAAGCGCCGGGCCGAGACGUUUGUAUCUGAGGAGGUCGACGACGCCAUCCAACGGGACUACAGGGCGAUGCGGUGCCUCGGAGGCUGGUCGUGGAAUUGCGUCUCCAUCAACCGAAUAGUAACCAAGAAGCUGAAGGAGGUGAAGGAGUUGAUUAGCCAAGUGGAUGUUUCUAGGGUUACCGUGACGCAGCUGCUGCUGCCGCCGGCUUCCGUGGAGCUUCCCAUUUCAAAAAAUGUCGUCGGGAUGCAAUCGAAUCUGAUCCAGAUUGUGAACCAGAUUAGGGAUGAAAAUGCCAGUGUUAUAGGGAUCUACGGCAUGGGGGGUAUAGGAAAGACGACGCUUUUGAAGCUCAUCCACAACCAUGAAGAGAUCUCCAAGCUCAAGUUCCAGCAUGUCGUCUGGAUUGUAGCCUCCAAAGGAUGCAAAUUACAAAAACUUCAGACGGACCUGGCUAAGAAGGUAAGACUGAAUCUUGAAGACGAUGAGAGUGAAGAUGAUCGUGCUUCUAAGCUCUGCAACUUCUUAAAGGAAAAAAAUUGUUUGCUGUUUCUUGAUGAUAUUUGGGAAUCCUAUGAACUUUAUAAGUUAGGGAUGGAACAAGUACCUGCUGAGAAUGGCAAGGAGCAGAAGCGCAAGGUGGUAGUUUCACGACGCGCAGCGAGCAAGUAUGCACUGAAAUGA